AUGAUAGGAUUCGUUCGUUUUGUCGACGAUAAUGCUAUUGUAAGCCAGUUUUUGUGUCUGAAAGAGUUUAAAAAAAAUACUAGAGGUAAAGACAUUUUCAACACAAUUGAUUAUUUUUUUGAAAAUAAUGGAAUAUCGUGGAGUGACUGUGUUGGAAUUUGCACAGACGGAGCUCCAAGUAUGACUGGGAGUAUCAAGGGAUUUAUUACACUGGCUAAAAUAAAAAAUCUAUUAAUCGUUAAGACCCACUGUUUCAUCCACAGAGAAGUGCUGAUGACAAAAACAUUGGGUAGUGAACUCAAUUCCGUUCGUAUGGCCAACUACAUUAAAGGAAAGCCCCUAAAAAGUAGAAUUUUUGCCGAAAUUUGUGAAUCAAUGGAUGCUGAUUUCACAAAUUUGUUGUACCAUACCGAAGUGAGGUGGUUAUCCAGAGGAAAGGUUCUGUUACGUCUCUAUGAAUUGAAAGAGGAACUUUUGCUAUUUUUCAUGGAAGAGGAGAACAAUGAAUUUACAUGUUAUUUGGAAGACCACGACUGGAUAUCAAAAUUCGCAUACUUGGCUGAUAUUUUUCAAUAUCUUAACCAGGUUAAUUCUAGUUUUCAAGGACCAUCAGAAAAUAUUUUAACUUCCACCGACAAAAUUUCAGCCUUUCAAGAAAAAAUGUCAGUGUGGUGUGCAAACUUGGAUAAAGGGAAUACAACUAUGUUUCCACUGUUUACGGGCCAGGAAAACUCCAGUCCUACCGUUCUAAAAAUCAUACGAAGUCACUUACAGACUUUACAAAUGUCUAUGAAACAUUAUUUUCCAGACUUAAACGUUGAACACUACGACUGGAUUCGGAACCCUUUUACUUCCAUGAUACAAACAGAUGACUGUGAGGUACAACAGGAAGCAGUGGAAUUGAAGAACGACCGAACGCUUCUAGUUAAGUUUAAUGAGGUCACGCUAGACAGCUUUUGGGUGGCUCUUAACAAUGAAUACCCUCGAUUAUCGAAAAAGGCUAUUAAAGUGCUCCUUCAGUUUUCUACGUCUUGGUUAUGUGAGCAUGGCUUUAGUGCACUAACAAAUUGUUAA